GUUCUCAAGGGGUCUCCGCUGGACGUGGCCGACGUCGACAAAGCGCGGCUGCCGCCGUGCUUCGACAGGCUGGGGAUUCGCCUUUCAGCGGAGCCCGAGGGCGACGCGAAAUACCUCGCAUGGUGUUCCGCCCAUGUGCAAGAUUUCUGGCGCCUAGCGGCCGCCCUCGGGCGCCCGCUUCACCACGACCCCGACGCCGAGCUCGCCGGCGAG